UCCUUCCCUCCUGUCCCGCCCCACGUGCUCGCGCUUUGUGCCGCGCAGCUCUUUCGCUUUCCCUUUCCCGCCCCCUUUCCUUUCCUUUCCUCUUCCCGUCGCUCCCGCCGCGCUCCCAUGGCGGCCAGGCACGGCUUCGGGGCGCAGGAGGACGAGGCGUGCCUCUGGGAGUACGACUCCACCUGGGAGGAGGAGGAGGGCGAUGGAGAAGAGGAGGAGGAAGAGGAUGGCGGCGAAGGCGAGCUGGAGGCAUCAGCCGAGGAGGAUCCGCAGGAUGAAGGCGAGCAGUCGGCGCUGAGCUGGGUGCAGAGCUGCUGGCAGGCCCAGCUUUCAUGGUGCACUCUGCUGCUGAAGCUGCUAAUGUUUUCAUUCAGUACUGAGGAGCCAAAAUCAAAUUCGUCACCGUUGUUUCGGAGGAGUUUUCAGUUCUCAGGGAGGCGCAACUGGAAUGCAGCAGAAGACUUGCAGAGAUACAGACAUCAGUACCCGGAUUUGAUGGAAUCAGAAAAUGAGGAGGAAGAAGAGAUGUUGAACUUAAGGUUUUAUAAAAACAAGACUCACUUUUUGCCCCAGGGUUUGUUUAUUGAAAAUCUGCUUGAAUCUUGGUGGGACAACUAUGAAGUUCUGGAAGAAAACCAUUCUUACAUACAGUGGCUGUUCCCUUUACGUGAACCUGGGAUGAACUGGUAUGCCAAGCCACUCACGUGUCGAGAAAUCCAGGCCUUUAAGAAGUCCAAGGAAGUUAUGCAAAGAUUUAUCCGUGCUUAUCGGCUCAUGCUGGGAUUUUAUGGAAUCGUUCUGCUUAACGAGGAAACUGGAGAACUCAAGAGAGCAGAGAACUGGGCUGAGCGGUUUCAGAACUUGAACCGGUUCAGCCACAACAAUCUGCGGAUUACUCGCAUCCUGAAGUGCCUGGGGGAGAUGGGAUAUGAACAUUAUCAAGUGCACUUGGUAAAGUUUUUCCUAACAGAAACUCUUGUUAAGGAGACGUUGCCAAAUGUCAAGAGAAGUGCCUUGGAUUACUUCCUGUUUACCAUCCGGAGCAAACAGAAGAGGAGAGAACUGGUCCACUAUGCUUGGCAACACUUCAGACCUCGAGACAGCUUCGUGUGGGGGCCACACCACAAACUCUUGAAGUACAGACCCCGCUCUGCCAAGUCACAACUGCAGCAAAAGGCUGAAGAUAAACAGGAAACUCCUGGUAGAAAAUGUGAUGAUUCUGUGGAUCAUCAGAACCAGUCACCAGAGGAAGAGCAGGAGGCUGGAGAUGCUGCAAGCUUGCAGCCGGAAGUGAACAAUAAAGAUGUAAAAGAGAAGAUAAGUGAAUGUCCUUUGAAAGGAGGAGGUGAUGAGGAGGCGAAAGAAGCUUCGUUUACCCAGCAGGAGGAGGAGGAUUUAAACAGCGAGGCUGAAGAAGUGCAGGGUGCAGCAGAGAAUGAUUGCACAAAGGAGAGCAAGAAGAGAAAACUGGAUGCAAAUAGGGUAGAUGCUAAGAGUGGACCACUGAAAAGCCCUACUGAUAUUGAAAACAUUUCUCAUAACCUGGGAGAAUGUGCAAUUGAUGCAGAGAUCACCUCCUCAGCUCCACUCCUAGAAGCAGAAGAGGACAAGGAAACACUGAAAGAAGAGGAUGCAAGCACCAAAGACCCAGCAGCACCAGAGAGCACUGAUGCUGCUGUGAAACGGAGGAAGGUAGAUAAAAGAACAACGAGAAACAGACCAUGCAACUUGGCCAUAAACCUGAAUAUGGGAAUCAAGUCCAAUCCAUCAGUUGCAAAUGCUGAGGCUGAAAAUGAUGGUGAGAAAAAUGCAGCUGUGGAUGUGGUGAGAGAGAGGAGCAGUGGUGAUGCAAAUGGUGGGGCUGUGGGACCCCCAGUCGAUUCCAGGCUGCACAAGUCUGGCUGGACUUCUCCAAUAAGUGAUGGCUUGGAGGCGAGUGGAGACCGAGUCACAGCAAGGAGCGAUAAGCAGCACUGCAACAGCACAUUCCUGCAAGGGGAAAGUGAGGUAGAUGGGGUAGAACAGCAUCAAAAGGCAGAAAAUGCGAGUGAAAAGGAGCAAGCAGAAGUCACAGGGAAGAAACAUCCCCCAGAGAGUCUGAAGCAGAGCAUUGCAUCCCCUUGUCCUGAAGAAGACAGUACUGAGGUUGCAACACACGAACGGGAAAGCUCUGAGUGUGCAGCAGAACCUGCUGAGGAGCAGGUAGCAGCAAGUGACACCAGCAUGGGAAGCACUUGAGCAAGAAAGAUGGCACUGGCCUAACUGCUAGGAGCCAGCUUGGUGGUUUGGAUAGCAGAAUUAGAAGAAUAAACUUCCUUUGGCUGAUCCAGGCUAGACCCUGUGUGACUUGCACUCUUCAACUCUUUUUUUAACCAUCUGUGGUGAUUUCACUGAGAUCCAGUCCUUGGCUACCCUAGAGAGGAAAGCUGAUUUAGUCAUUCCCCGCAGGCUGUGUCCUGUUCCUGGUUUUUAUCUGAUUUUCAGGACUAUCUUGGAGCAACAGGGAUUUUUGCACUUUGAUUCUGGUAUGCCCCCUCUUAAAGAGGCGGGGAGAACUGGUCUGUUCCCUUGUUUGAACUGGUCAAGUUCUUACUAAAUACAUGGCGUUCAGUGUAAGACAGCAUGACCUAACUUGCCAAAACUUUCUAUUUCCAUGUAACUUCUAUUUGUUAUUUUGGAUGGCUGUACCUUCCCAGGGGAUUUAUUCCUGGCAAAGGUGCAGUUCCCCCCAAAGAAAAGGGUAUAUGUAUUCAUUUCACACCAUGUAAGAGUAUUGUUGCCUGUCCUCCGAUAAAGAAAGUGGGUUUGACUUUA